UCGUCUAUUGGUGACCGCUCCACUGUAUGGACACAAAAAACUGCGAAAUCGAGGAGAAAGACAGCGCCCCGAAGAAGUCUAGCGAACUGUGUGGAGCAUCGUGUUGGCCAUGGGAUUUAUGCCCAAGUCUCCGGUGUGUCGGACUUCCAAAGAGAGGACAUGUCCUUUGGUUUAUUAAAGCCCCAGUGCUCCAUUUGGCCCUGCCAGCAUGCUCCAGUAGUGACAGGAUCCCUCCAGUCAUCAGCACUGUUUGAUCCAAGAGAAACGUGCCUUGUAAGGAAGCAGGAUGUUCACAGGCUCCACCAAGCUGCCCCCUGCCAAAACCCCGCAGCCUGAGCGUCUGGACGAGGUCUACGCCGCCUUACGUCGGGGCUUACAGUCAUACUUACAGGUCCACCAGCUGGAGCUGGACAGUCUGGGCCAGCAGAUCAGAGAAAAUAAGAGAAAUGGGCGACUGGGCUCUUUGUAUGAGCAGGAUAAGCAAGUGAAAGCCAUAGAGAGAUUUAUGCGUCGCUUGGAAUUCCACCUCAGCAAGGUAGAGGAGCUGUACGAUGCUUACUGCAUACAGCGCCGACUUCGAGAUGGCGCCAGUAAAAUGGUGGCAGCCUUUAACUCCGCCAGUGGGAGUAAGGAGGCCAGGGAGAGCCUGAGUGAGGCAAACAAAGGCUUCAGGGAAUGUACAGAGCGCAUGUGCUCACUGGAGAGUGAACUGGAAGGCCACAUGGGAGAGUUUCAUGUCAAGAUGAAGGGCCUUGCCGGCUUCGCCAGGCUAUGUGCUGGUGACCAGUAUGAGGUGCUAAUGCGCUAUGGGCGGCAACGCUGGAGGCUGCGGGGCCGUGUUGAAGUCAGCAACAAGCAGAUAUGGGACAGCGAAGAGUACAUUUUUCUGCCUCUUGUCACAGAACUCCUGUCCAUUAAGGUGACAGAGCUGAAGAGUUUGGCCAAUCACGUGGUGGUGGGUAGCGUGUCCUGUGAAAUGCUGGACCUGUUCUGCCCCCUCCCGCAGACCCUUGCUGUGGAUAUCAAUGACCUUGGAACAGUGAAGCUCAACUUGGAGGUGACUUGGAGUCCAUUUGAUAAGGACGACCAGACAUCAUCCACCAGUACAGUUUCCAAACGUCUUCUGUCCAAUCAGAGCCCUCCAGACACGCCCUCCAUGCGGGAGCAAGUGUUUUAUUCUCUGCUGAAACGACAAGGAGAGCUCGACAACGGCACAGUCUGGUCCAACUCCUCUGAAUCCUCUGACGACUCCUCCAGCCCGGCGCUGGCCCAUCACGCUCAGAGGCUGUCGGCCUCCAACAUACCUCAAAGCAACGUCACCGCGCUACUGUCGCUCACGCCGCACAAGUCCAGCGUAUCGACGCCGUCGCUUUCAUCUAACCAGGAGGAAGACGAGGGCGAAGCUGGCAAUGUUUUCUCUUCAAAAGAUUCAGUGCACAACGGCCACCCGCAGACUUCCUGCUCUGGGAGCCAAAUCGGCGCCACCGGUCAGGGAUGUACUUUAACAGACAGACUGUCAGUCCAAUCAGAGGUUCUGGAAACCUUGGAAGAACUAAGCUGCUCGUGUUCUGAUGCUGACGUUUCCUCCACCGUCGCCGAGUCCAUAGAGAGGAUGGAGGAAUGUGGCAACAUGCAUGCUAACGAUCCACCGGAGGACUCCAUAGUCCACACCAAAGCAGGAACCAUCAAGGCUGAAGGACCAAGUCAUCCAGCUCUAAAACAGUCUGAUGGAGCUCCAGCUGUCCCUUUUCCCACGUCUUCUAGUUUCACCCAGGAAGUGGAGACGGCUCUUGAGAGCUUUGACUUUCUCAACUGCUCUGACCUGGAGGAUGAGGCAGAAGAAGUGGUAGAGCACCAAGAAGUGGUAGAGCACCAAGAAGUGGUAGAGCACCAAGAAGUGGUAAAGCACCAAGAAGUGGUAGAGCACCAAGAAGUGGUAGAGCACCAAGAAGUGGUAAAGCCCCAAGAAGUGGUAAAGCCCCAAGAAGUGGUAGAGCACCAAGAAGUGGUAGAACACCAAGAAGUGGAUACGGCUCUGGAAAGCUUUGACUUUUUCAAGUGCUCUGACCGGGAGGAUGAGGAAGAAAAAGUGGUAGAGCACCAAGAAGAGUCUGAGAACCAAGAGGAAGACGAGCAGCAAAAGGAAAACAAAGAAGAAAAAGAAGCAGACGAGGAGCAGCAUGAAGAUGACAAUAUGGCUGAGCAAGAGAAGGCAGCAGAGGGGGAGAAAGACAAAGAUAACUACUCUGAAAAAAGCGAUGAAGAGGCAGGAGACGGCUUGGAGUUCCUUAUGGAGGCGCCGGAGGGAUUUAGAAACUCUGAUGAAGAUGGCAUCUCUGAAUCGCAGGAGUCCAGUGUAGAAGAGGAGCAGGAUUUGGUUCCGGUGCAACUGCCCGAGGAGGAGGAGCUUAAUGAGGAAAAGGGAGGCGACCAACAAACGGAGGAGAGGUCACAAGAUGUUCAGGAUGAGGAGCGUCCUCCUACUCCGAGCAACUUGGCCACCACCGUGUUCUAAGGACACCCAGUGUGGAACCACCACUGAGUUCUAAGGGCACGCAAUGUGGAACCACCACUGUGUACUAAGGGCACGCAGUGUGGAACCACAGUCCAAACAUUUCCACUCUUGUCUAAUGUGCUCAUUGCCAAGUCGCACUCACUCGACAAACAAGCUCUCGUUCGUAAAGAGUUUGUGCACAUGUCCGCCUUGUCCCGUGUCUUUCAACGACAUUGUGUUGCCUGCAUUAAUACCACUUUUGGUUGAAGUAAUCCAUUGAGAGCAGGCUUGGUUUAAUUUGUUCCAUUUAUUUCACUUUUGUUUGAAGUAAUCCAUUGAGAGCAGGCUUGGUUUAAUUUGUUCCAUUUAUUUAAGUGAUCAAACCGUGCUGAAGAGGAUGUGUUUCCUUACUUACUCUGCAUCCAAUCAGUCACUGGGGUAAACAAAGAAAGGCGUUCCAAGCUUCUAAACUUGCAGUAUUGAUGGACUGGGGGAAGUUUGCCAGCAAGCCAAGCUCUUGGGAUGAACUCCAAGAGCAUGUGAUGUUUGUCUUUGCUACAAAGCUGUGUAGCGCUAAUGUAUUCCACUUGUGUGACAACGUGUCUUUUAAGCUACACCAGGACUUAAGCUGCCUUACGACCACACCUUUUUAGGGAUUUAUUUUACACGGUUGCAGGAUUGGAGUUGAUAUUAAUGCAAUUAGUGGUGUAAAGGUAUAUUUAAACCUGCAUGUGUAGACGCCUCACACUGCCAGCAUGUCCGCUGUAAAAGGCUCAUCUGUAAAAAAAAAAAAUAUAUAUGUAUAUAUAUUUUGGUCCAAGCGAGGUCUCUACAAGAGUAGCCUCGGGGGCGUUGUAGUGGUUCAGCGGUAAAUUGCUUUGUCGUCGUACAAAAAGCCUCUUUAUUCAGAAAGUGCCUCGAGUGACGGCGGGUAUAAGGUUGUAAAAAAAACAAAAAAAAACUGGCAAAAAGUUUGUUUAUUUUGAAAUUACUUUUAGGAUUGUUCACCAUAAGAGAUAUUUACUGUUUCAUAUAAAGAAUUGUAUAUGUCCUGAAAUGUUUAUGUUAAAAAAUGUUCAAAC